CACAUGACUUGACUUCCGCAUGUCGACUCUCCGCAUUAAACACCUUCUAACAAAUGGACGUAAUUCUAAACCCGUUCACGAAAUCUGUUUGAAAUUAUCAUUUUAUGUAGUUAUAGAAGAACCGGAAACGGAUUGUGACGAAGAUUCGUCAUGUCGUCUCUGAGACUUGGACGCUUCCUGCUGCUGCUGCUGCUCAAUCAUGAACUCUCACUCUCCGCUUCUCGUUCCUUCAGCGUGGACUAUCAGAACGACUGCUUUCGCAAAGAUGGGGAGAAGUUUCGUUACAUCUCGGGCAGUAUCCAUUACAGCAGGAUGCCCAGGGCCUACUGGAAGGACAGGCUGCUCAAGAUGUACAUGGCGGGCCUGAACGCCAUUCAGACGUACAUUCCCUGGAACUUCCACGAGGAGUCUCCAGGCCGAUAUAGUUUCAGCGGGGACAGAGAUGUGGAACAUUUCCUUCAGCUGGCUCAGGAUAUCGGACUACUCGUUAUCCUUCGGCCAGGGCCGUAUAUUUGUGCUGAGUGGGACAUGGGCGGGCUGCCUGCCUGGCUUCUCCAGAAGAAAGACAUUGUACUGCGGUCUUCAGAUCCAGAUUACAUAGCAGCAGUGGAUAGCUGGAUGGGAAAGCUCCUGCCAAUGAUGAAGCCUUACCUCUAUCAGAACGGCGGCCCAAUCAUCAGUGUGCAGGUGGAGAAUGAGUAUGGCAGUUACUUUGCAUGCGAUUACAACUACAUGCGCCACCUCUCCAAGCUGAUGCGGUCUUACCUUGGCGAGGAGACGGUGCUCUUCACCACAGACGGCGCCUCACUCGGCUUCCUCAAAUGUGGCACUAUUCAAGGCGUCUACGCCACUGUCGAUUUUGGCGCAGGCUCCAAUGUAUCAGCAGCAUUUAAUGUGCAACGACACGCUGAACCAAACGGACCGUUGGUGAACUCUGAAUACUACACCGGUUGGUUGGACCUAUGGGGCUCGCCUCACUCUGUUGUGUCGUCCACAAAAGUGGCCAAGACCCUCAAUGAGAUCCUGGCCAUAGGGGCAAACGUCAAUAUGUACAUGUUUAUAGGAGGAACCAACUUUGGAUACUGGAAUGGUGCCGUUGCGCCUUACAGUCCGCAGCCUACCAGCUACGACUAUGACGCUCCACUCACUGAGGCCGGAGACCUCACUGAGAAGUACUUUGCAAUCCGAGAAGUGAUCAAAAUGUACCGGAAAAUACCUGAGGGGAUAAUACCACCAUCAUCUCCAAAGUAUUCAUAUGGUGCUGUUAAAAUGAAGCUGCUGCAAACCGUGUCAGAAGCCUUAGAGACUCUGUCCUUCUCUGGCCCAGUGGAGAGCAUGUUCCCCCAGACGUUCACUGACCUCAAACAGGCCUUUGGCUAUGUGCUCUAUAGGACUGAGCUACCAGUAGACUGCAGCACGCCCACGCCGCUGUCGUCGCCACUAAAUGGGGUCCGUGACCGAGCGUAUGUGUCGGUUAACGGGGUCGCUGCUGGGAUUCUUGAAAGAAACAAAGUCCUAACCAUUAAUGUGACAGGAAAAGCUGGGAGUCAAGUGGACGUGCUGGUGGAGAACAUGGGCCGCAUCAACUACGGAAAAAACAUCAAUGAUUUCAAGGGCCUUGUAUAUAACCUGACUUUGGGCAAUGUUGCACUAAAAGGAUGGACCAUGUACAGCCUCAGUAUUGAUGAAGCCAUCAACCAGGGUAUCUUCUGGGAAAUGAUUACCAAAUCAUCUGACCAGCUUCCGCCCACUGCACUCUCACUUCCGGCUUUCUACGGAGGAAGCUUCAUCAUUCCUGACGGCAUUCCAGACCUACCUCAGGAUACCUAUAUUAGUCUGCCUAAAUGGCGAAAGGGGCAAGUUUGGAUCAACGGCUUUAACCUGGGACGCUACUGGCCUUCAAGAGGCCCUCAGGUGACUCUUUUUGUUCCCGCUACUGUCCUCAGCACCGACGCGCCCAACAAUGUGACAAUCCUUGAGCUGGAAGCUGCUCCCUGCCUCUCAAGUUCGUGUAUAGUGGAUUUUACGACCACGCCCAUCCUGAACGAAACAGUGAAGUAUCACCACAAGCAGCGCUGGGCAAAGUUUAGAGCAGAUUUGUUCGGACAUUAACAGAAGUUACCACUUCACAAUGUGCACUCAACAAUGAUCAAACCACUAAACCACUCACUAUGUGAUUGAUUGUUAAAAUGUCUUCAAUGAUUCAGUGUGUCUUCAGAUAAAAGGCUGAAAUACUUGAUCACGUCGUUACACUUUCAUAAAAGUUUGUCACUUGAGGAUUAUUUUGCCAAAUAAAAUGUUUUUUUGUGUUUUUUAAUUGCUUUUUUAAUGCAAAAACAACAGGGAAGUACAUGCAUUUGUCAAGCAUAUGAAUUUCAAUAAAAAU